AUGGUUCCUGACAGGUCUGGGGGUGGUGGUGGCGGCACGAAGGGGCCUGCAAUCAUUGACAAGCGCAAUGUGGAGCUCGAAUGCCCCCAUUGCGACCGCACCUUCAAGCAGGUGCAACGGCUGCGGGAGCACGUUCAAAAGAAGCACCCAGAAGAGGAUGCCAAUGAGGGGAGCUCUGAUCUGCAGCCGCAGGCAGCUGCAUCCAUUCCUGGCCCGAGUUCUGGACCAAAGCAGGGCAAAAUGAUGGAUGUGGGCGCAAGCGCGGGGUACUACACAGAGAAGUCACCCAAGAUGAUGCUGCUGGAGUGGUGCCAGCAGCAGAAGCGGCCCACGCCGCGCUACCGCAGCAGCGCAGCCGAUGGCGCUGUGGCCGCCAAGUGCAAGGUGGUGCUGGCAGACCCCAAGGACCGCAACAAGGACAUCGUGGUGUUUCUGGGCUCGGAGCACCAGGCGGAGGGAACCCUGCCGGACGAGGCGGAACAGCGUGCAGCCGUCACCGCUCUCCACCGCGUGGCCGGGGACCGGGCGCUGCAUCGCGUCCUGCCGCAGGCCUACCUGCCCCUCUGGCAGGAGCUUUGUGCCACGGACGUCAUCAUGAGCGAGCAGCAGCGGCGAAUGGUCGAGGGGGUCUUGCGCGGCCUCUCCGGCGACCCCGCACUCUCCGGCAGCACGGCUGCCACCGAAGAGGGGCUGGUGGCGGAGUUUGCCGGGAAGCUGCGCGACCUUGGCUUUGCCAGCGCUGACGUGGACGAUGCUUUGGCGGUGGCCAUAGCGCAGGACGGGCGGCCCUCGCUGGAGACCGCGCUCGAUUGGCUCUGCCUCAACGUGCCCGAAGAUGACCUGCCGCCCGUCUUUGCUGCCGGCGCGUCCGGGAAGCCGGUAGGAGUGCUGAACAACGCUCACCCCAAGGAGAAUGGGGUGGAUGCUGGCGAGCGGCAUUCGGCGAGUGGCGCACUGUCAGACUUCACAGAUCUGGGCUAUGCGAUCGAUGAGGCUGCGGCUGCGCUGCAGAGCUGCCAGGGCGAUGCUGACGCAGCACAUGCACACCUCUUUGACCGCCUCACAGGUGCCUGA